CCAGCACUGGGUGCGCCGGGUGCUCUCUGCCCGCCGGUGCAGGGUGGGUGGCAUUGGCCUUUCCUGGGGCCUGCAGCCUGGCAGGAGCCCUGUGGGUGGCCUGGCAGAGCCGCCUGCGGGGGGCCGAGGCACCGACGGCCUGACCUGAGGAGAUGCUGCUUCCAGCCAUGGCGGAGCAAUGGGAAUCGCAGGACAGUGGCUCAGCAGCCUCAACAGAGGCGGCCACCAGUCCCAGCACCAUGCAUCACCGGAGCUCCUUGCUGGAGGCGAGGGAGGAGACCCAGCUGACGAGCGCCCGCCGGCUCUGGGCCUUGCUCCGGGGGGGCAUCCGGGCCACUACGGAGAAGAUGAAGAAGGAAGAGCUGAAGCCUGCCCAGCUGACCCACGGCCUCCAGCACCUGCGUCACCUCAGCUUCCCGCAGCCCGUGCGCCACGUUGCCUACAACAGCAGCGCCAGCCUCUUGGUGGUCCUGGACGCGGAGAGCCGGCUGCACCUGCACAAGGAGGAUGGCUGGCUCAGCCACGGCACGCAGGCCCCGGAGCCCAUCAUGGGUUUGCUGUACGCCACCCAGGUCAACAAGUACGUGGCCUGGGACCAGGGCAGCCUGCAGGUGCUGGGCCCAGCCUUCGAGGUCCUCUCCAAGGUGCUGGCCCCGCAUGGCAUCCGUUGCUGCUGCUACAGCCCAGAGCUCAAUCAGGUGGUGACAGCUGGAGCGGGCAGCCUGUCCGUCUGGGCCUUCCGCUAUGGAUUCCGCCAGCUGCAGUGCCAGGCCACCGUGCAGCAGGGCCUGUCCCCUCGCGACACCUUCACCCGGCUGGCCCUGGACACCGGCGUCCCCCAGACAUGCUUUGCUGCCUGUGACACCGGGGUUGCUGCCUUCAACAUCUCCCAGGGGGAGCUACUGACCUUCCAGAGGGACCUUCACAACAGGGCCAUCACGGACAUCACCUAUUGCGAGGCGGGGGCGUGCGUAGUGACAGCCUCCCGCGACACCACCAUCAAGGUCUGGGACAAGAAGUGGCUGAUCCAGACAAUCUUCGUGGGACACACUGGGCCUGUGACUGCUGUGACCAUCUACCCCCAGGGGCCCCAUAUCCUCUCUGCCUCCCAGGAUGGCACCAUUCGCACCUGGAACCUGCAGACCAUUGACCAGGUGGACGAAGUGCAUGUGGCCGAGGUGGUGGAGCAGCUGCAGACGCACCCGGAGGGGGGGUACGUGGUCUCGCUGACCGGCUCCACCAUGGACCUUUGGAAGGUCAACCAGCUCUAUUCCCUGCAUACCCGGCUGGGUGCUGCCGUGACGCGCCUCUGUACCGUCGACCUGAGCGCCGUGGGCAGCUUCCCGGUGCGGGCUGUGUGCGUGUGCCAGGACUCCACCGUGCGGCUCGUGGCCGCGCACACCGGCCGCCUCCUCUCCACGCUGCUGCUGGAGAGGCCCUGCCAGGCCGUGGAGGUGGCCUACUGUCUGCCCAAGGAGACCCUGUUCGUGCUGCUGGAGCUGGGCCAGCUCCUGAGGGUGAACACCGCCGUCAACCCCAUGAGCGUCAAGAAGAUGGUGGCGCCCUGGAGCGAGUCGGCACGGCCCUGCUGCCUGCUCCUCUACAGCCACCUCGUGGACCCCGAGAAGGCCUAUGCCCAGUGGCAGGAGAUCGUGGAGCAGAAAGGGGACAAGAAGGCCUGGGCACAGCUCCCGCUAAAGCUGCAGGACAAAAACAGGUACCUGCUAGUGCUGGGGCAGGAGGACGGCUCGCUCUGCGUGCUCCAGUGGUUCACCGGGCGUGUUCAGUACCAGGUGGAGGCUCAUGGCUCGGAGCGGGUGACCGCACUGGCUGCCUACCCCCUGGACACCUGGAUCAUCUCAGCUGGUGGCGAUCGCACGGUGAAAGUCUGGCGCAUCUUCCCCUACAUUGACGAGUGCCUGACCCUGCUGCUGAGCUUCUCCUGCCAGCAUCCCGUGCUGCACAUGUGCCCGCUGGGCUCCACGCUGGGCGCCGCCAUCCAGGACCCCGAGAGCGCCACCUACAGCAUCGUCCAGUACGACCUGCUGACCCAGAGCUGCCAGGAGCACGGCCCCGAGGACGACCCGCUGGACGAGAUCAUGGGCCUGUGCUGCUGUCCCACGCUGAAGCUCUUUGCGUCGGCCAGCAGGGAUGGGUCGGUGAAGGUCUGGAACGCCCAAAACCAGCUACUCAGGCACCUCAAGCUGAACACGAUCCCGGAGAGCCUGGCCUUUGGGAACGAGCGCGGGGACCUGCUGCUGGGCGUGGAGCAGCACCUGCACCGCAUACACCACAGCAAGUACCUGCCCAGGCCGUAUCUCACCAAGCUGCUGUGCAUGAGCCUCCCAGACCCUGUGCAGGACUCGCCUUUCCCCCUCAGCGACAGCCCCCUGCGGCCCCUCAGCAAGGACGCCAGGCGACGGUUACUCCUGGAGCCUCGUUCCCUCUCUGUCAAGCUGUGCGUGCCGCUGCUCCGCUGGAAGCCCAAGAAGGACGAGGACCUGUCUUGGGCGCGCCGGGAGAAGGAGGAGGCCUGUGCCCAGCUGGCCGCGAGGGACCAGGAUCUGCUCCUCAUUCAGCAGGGGAAGCUCUCCGCUGCCAGGAAGCCCAAGCUGAACAAGAAGCUGCAGGACGAGGCCUUUGAACGUUACAUGCAUCUCAUCUACAGGCAGCCACCAAAGAUCCAGAUCCCCCACAACGAUUCCUUUGAUGCAGACAUGGUUCUGGAGGCCUGUCUCCUUGGCCCACUGGUACCGAACCUCUACGGCCCGGCUGCGUCUCACAUGUUCCUAGGGGCGUUCCCCGACAGUGCUGAGGAGAACGCGGAACGGCCGAUGCUCGAGGCUCCCGUGGCAGAUGGGGUUUGCCGAGAGGACGCCCUGGAGCCUCGCGCAGGCCGGGGCUCACGUUUAGCGCUUCCAACCCCCAGUGCUUCUAAAGGGCUGGAAGACUCCCUGCGCCGUGCCUCGCUGGCAAGGAUCCGGAGUCAGAUAUCCCAGGCUCCCGUGGCAGAUGGGGUUUGCCGAGAGGACGCCCUGGAGCCUCGCGCAGGCCGGGGCUCACGUUUAGCGCUUCCAACCCCCAGUGCUUCUAAAGGGCUGGAAGACUCCCUGCGCCGUGCCUCGCUGGCAAGGAUCCGGAGUCAGAUAUCCCAGGCUCCCGUGGCAGAUGGGGUUUGCCGAGAGGACGCCCUGGAGCCUCGCGCAGGCCGGGGCUCACGUUUAGCGCUUCCAACCCCCAGUGCUUCUAAAGGGCUGGAAGACUCCCUGCGCCGCGCCUCGCUGGCAAGGAUCCGGAGUCAGAUAUCCCAGGCUCCCGUGGCAGAUGGGGUUUGCCGAGAGGACGCCCUGGAGCCUCGCGCAGGCCGGGGCUCACGUUUAGCGCUUCCAACACCCAGUGCUUCUAAAGGGCUGGAAGACUCCCUGCGCCGCGCCUCGCUGGCAAGGAUCCGGAGUCAGAUAUCCCAGGCUCGCCAGGAGGCCGCAGCAGCCAGUGAGAUCCACCACCCCGGCAGCCAGAGCCGGUCGCCUUCGCUGCAGAUCACCAGAGUCAACGGCCAUGGCCCCUCCACGUCUCAGGUCAGCAGUCAGAUGUCCAAGGGGUCGUCCCAUCUCCACGUCCGCAGGCUGUCAUCUGGCUUCCUGCCCAAUUCGGUGGUGGUGCAGCAGUUCCGGAGCCAGGAUGACAUCGAGUCUGCGAGGGAAUCGCUGUUGGCCAUGUGGCUGGAAGUGCAGCAGGGUCAGGCCGGGAGGGCAGGCCCCGAGCGCGGCGAGGAGCUGCAUGGCGUCGAGGAGGAAGAGGACGAGGUGGCCAGGACAGCGGCGAUUCUAGAGAAGAUAUCCAGCCUUUCCCUGCCUGGCCCCAAGUGGAAGGAGGAGUCUCUGGCAAGUGGGCCUGAAAGCGCAGGAGCCUCCAGGGCACAGCCUGUGCCGCUGUGCGCGCCUGUUACCGAGCCGGCGUCCCCGGAGCCUGCCUGGACCUCGAGCGUGACGAGUUUUUUCCUGACGCAGCCAGAUGAGUUUGAGCAGCCCCAGGCCUCUCCCUCGGGAGGCGAGAUCCCAUCCUUCGUCCUCCAGUUCGAGGACACAGAAUGGUUCAGGCAGAUCUACCCCGUCCUCAGCUCAAUGGAUUCCCUGCAGGGACUGAGCAUGAGCAGGUUUGUGCGCCAGCUCCUGGAGGCGCUGCUCACCGUGGAUGACGGUGCAAAGGCGGACAUAGUCCAAGCCAUCCUAACACUGCACGAGCAGGUCGGGGUGGAGAACGGCCAUGAGGUCUGCAAGGCCCUGCUCCUCAUCCUGAACCAGAGCGACCCGCCCAAACUGGAGGAAAAGACUCAGAAAAAGUUUGUCCUGACCUCCCUGAAUGCCCUCAUGGCCUUCUGCAGAGACAGCAAGGAGCUGCUGCUGGAGCUUAUGGCAUACUUCCUGCACAGUCCCGUCUCCAGCAGGGGGUCCAUUAAGGCUCUUUUCAUAGAGCUGGGCCUGGAGGAUCCGCACAACUAUUUCUACCAGGAGAUGGACUCUUGGGACCUUGCCAGGGAGACGCCUGUCACCAAGGCAGCGCUGAGGAGAACCUGCGCACAGUGGCUGGAAGGAGUGAUGCAGGAUUUCCAGGAUCACAAGAGCAGCACGUUGGAGCCGUUCCAGGCACGGGCGGGGAAAAGGCACUUCCCUGGCAGCAGCCCAAAGGCUAAGAAAGCUGCAGGGAGAAGCAAGGUUUUUCCAUCUGCUGGCAGCCCAGAGCCGCCAGUGGGGCCAAUAAACGCAAUAAACCAUUUCUGUAAAGUGCAAAUGAAGAGGGAUUUGGAGGAUCUGAAACAGCCAAAAUCUGCUGGAGCCCAGGAAACCAAGAACACAGUGAUGGCCUUGCCUUCCAUUGGGAGAAGCCAGGCCAUCUUGCGGCUCGGCGAGACCAACACUAUGGCGCGAAGGAGACCACCCCAACGUUUCUACCUUCCGCGGAUUUUUCCACUCCCUUUGUUGACGGGAUUUGUACAUGCUAUUAAAUUGCCAGUGCCAAGAAUCAACGUGAACCCAUUUCCACCUGAUUCUGACAUGCCAGCUUCACAAAAUACAUUCAUCUCCAUGCAUCAGAAAGUCCAGAAAUAUUUCAUCCCAAAGUUCUCACUUGCAGAUAGCUAUCCCUGAAGACAUGGCUAGCCAAGAUGGCUUUGCAUCGACCGGACUCCCAGACUUGAUAAUUAGCAGAGGUCAUUGAACACAGAAUGAUAAUGGGCUCUUCUAGGUCUGGCUGUGAGGAAACUAAAUAAACUAUAGUCUAUAUAUAUGGUAAAGAUGGGAGACCCAGCUGAGAGUUAUACACCAUCUGGAUGGAGCAAGCCCCACAAAACAAAACGCACUGGGGAAAUAAUAAAUGAAAUCAGAA